AUGGAGACUGAGGAUUACAACGCCUCCUACGAGGACUACCCUGAUGACCUGGACCCCAUCGUGGUUUUGGAGGAGUUAUCUCCCCUGGAAGGCAGAGUGGUCAGGAUCUUCCUGGUGGUGAUCUACAGCAUUAUCUGUCUCCUCGGGAUCCUGGGCAACGGCCUGGUGAUCAUCAUCAUCACCUGCAAGAUGAAGAGGACGGUGAACACCAUCUGGUUCCUCAACCUGGCCGUGGCCGACUUCCUGUUCAACAUCUUCCUCCCCAUCCACAUCGCCUACGCCGCCCUGGACUACCACUGGGUGUUUGGGACGGCUAUGUGCAAGAUCAGCAACUUCCUGCUCAUCCACAACAUGUUCACCAGCGUCUUCCUGCUGACCGUCAUCAGCUUCGACCGCUGCGUCUCCGUGCUCCUCCCCGUCUGGUCCCAGAACCACCGCAGCGUCCGGCUCGCUUACACGGCCUGCCUGGUCAUCUGGGUCCUGGCUUUCUUCCUGAGUUCCCCGUCCCUCGUCUUCCGGGACACGGCCCGCCUGCACGGGAAGAUAUCCUGCUUUAACAACUUCAGCCUGUCGGCCGCCGGCUCCGCCCCGUGGCCCGCUCACCCCCAGGUGGACCCGGUGGGCUCUGGCCGGCACAUGGUGGUGACCAUCACCCGCUUCCUCUGUGGCUUCCUGGUGCCGGGUCUCAUCACCACCGCCUGCUACUUCACCAUCGUCUACAAGCUGCAGCGCAGCCGCCUGGCCAAGACCAAGAAGCCCUUCAAGAUCAUCCUGACCAUCAUCAUCACCUUCUUCCUCUGCUGGUGCCCCUACCACACGUUCUACCUCCUGGAGCUCCGUCGCGGCUCCGUGCCUCCCUCCGUCUUCAGCCUGGGCGUGCCCCUGGCCACCGCCAUCGCCAUCGCCAACAGCUGCAUGAACCCCAUCCUGUACGUCUUCAUGGGUCAGGACUUCAAGAAGUUCAGGGUGGCCCUCUUCUCCCGUCUGGUCAACGCGCUGAGUGAGGACACAGGCCACUCCUCCUACCCCAGCCACAGGAGCUUUACCAAGAUGUCAUCCAUGAACGAGAGGGAGACCGGCAUGCUCUGA